AUAAAGAUGUCUUAGUAAUAGGAUCAGCCAAGUGCUAAAAAACGCAUAAGAAGAUGUACUAAACAUGAUGAAAAUCCACGACCAUAUAAAUGUGGCUGUGGACGUGGUUAUUAUAGUUAUCCAGCAUUAUAUACUCAUUUGAAGUAUUAAUUUUAUAGAUGUCAGAAUUAAACAUGAAGGUUAACCUCCAACUGGUACAUAAAUUCCAAGUGAUAAACAUUAUGGUAGUCGAGGAAGACCACGAGAAAAGAAUACAAAAUGUGAUGAAGAAAGCAAACAUCAAGUUUUUAUUGACGAAGAAAAAAGGGAAGAUAAUAAGAAAGAUGAGAAAGUUACACCCAAUUAAUGAAAUCAGAAGAGAGCA